AUGGUUCUCGACGCCUACACCUACAUUUUUGCCAUUGGCACCAUCUUUGCCCUCCUCGAGGCUUUCAACAACGGUGCCAAUGAUGUCGCCAACGCCUGGGCCACCAGCGUUUCCUCGCGCUCGGUCACCUACCGCCAAGCCAUGGUCCUCUGCACGGUCUUUGAGCUAACCGGCGCCCUCGCCGUCGGCGCCCGCACCGCCUCCACCAUCAAGAACGGCAUCAUCCCCAGCUCCGCCUUCGGCGACAACGCCGGCGUCCAGCUCCUCGCCUUCGCCUGCGCCUCCGCCGGCGCCUCCAUGUGGGUCAUGUGGUGCACCCGCAACUCCGCCCACGUCUCCUCCACCUACUCCCUCGUCUCCUCCAUCGCCGGUGUCGGCGUCGCCGCCGUCGGCGCCAGCCAGGUCAACUGGGGCUGGAACAAGGGUACCGGCCUCGGCGCCAUCUUCGCCGGCCUCGCCAUGGCCCCCUUCAUCUCCGCUUGCUUCGGCGCCAUCAUCUUCAUGCUCAUCAAGUUUACCGUCCACUUGCGCAAGAACCCUCUGCCCUGGGCCGUCUACACCUCCCCGGCCUUCUUCCUCAUCGCGGGUACCGUCUGCUCCCUGUCCGUCGUCUACAAGGGCUCGCCCAGGCUCGGCCUCGACAAGAAGCCCGCGUGGUACAUCGCCUCCGUCUCCCUCGGCACCGGUUUCGGCCUCGCCCUCGUCGCUGCCCUCUUCUUCGUCCCCUAUGUCCACGCCAAGGUCGUCAAGAAGGACUACACCAUCCGCUGGUGGAUGAUCUUCCAGGGCCCUCUCCUGUUCAAGCGCCCCGCUCCCGCUGACGCCGAGAGCCGCAAGGCCGACGUCCCCGACUACGCCGUCGUCCAGGAGGACACCGAGACCGACUCCGACGCCGGCCGCCCCGCUCCCCAGACCAUCGAGGAGAAGAACCUCGCCGCCGACGGUGGUGACGCCAUCAAGCCCGCCAAGGCCCCCUCCUCCACCACCGCCGCCGACCAGGAGAAGGGCGUCUCGCCCCUCGAGUACACCCACGAGGAAUACCAGCAGCUCCUCCGCAACGCCCGCAACGCCCACCACGCCAACCUCCGCAAGUCCCGUGGUCCCCUCGGCUGGGCUAUGCGCACCCUGCACAACAACCAGCUCGGCGCCGGCUCCAUCCACGAGACCCACAACCUCAUCGCCGUCGUCAAGCGCAUCCCCGCCCAGAUCAUCGGUAUUCGCAUGGAGCGCGUCUACAGCCACGCCCCCAAGUACUCCAACGAGGUCGAGCAUCUCUACUCCUACGUCCAGGUCAUCACUGCCUGCACCGCCUCCUUUGCCCACGGCGCCAACGAUGUCGGUAACGCCGUCGGUGUCUGGGCUGGUAUGUACGCUGCUUGGUCGACUGGUAAGCCCAGCGCCUCCAAGGCCGAUGUUCCUUACUGGCAGCUUGGAAUUACUGCCGCCGUGAUUUGCAUCGGUUUCAUCACCUACGGUUACAACAUCAUGAAGGUCAUGGGUAACAAGCUCACCUACCACUCCCCGAGCCGUGGUUCCUCCAUGGAAAUGGGUGCCGCCAUCACCAUUCUCAUCUUCUCCCAGUACGCCCUCCCCGUCUCCACCUCCAUGUGCAUCACCGGCGCCACCAUCGGUGUCGGUCUCUGCAACGGUACCUGGAGGGCCGUCAACUGGAAGCGAUUCGGCCUCCUCUUCUUCUCUUGGAUCAUGACCAUCCCCAUUGCCGGUCUCAUCGGCGGCUGCCUCAUGGCUCUUGCCGUCAACACUCCCACCUGGUAA